AUGUGCAAGGAAUUGAUUUGGAUUCUUUUAGCUGACUCAUACGCCGAACAGUGCUUCUCUUCUCGCUCCUCCACUCGUUCUGUCUCGCGAUUCCAUGCAAAGUUUCUCGCUUUCCGCCGAUUGAUCUCUCUCUCGAGAGAGAGCUCAUACGUGGAACUUGAAACCCUAACUGGGUUUGAAAUCUUUCUUCAUCGAAUUGUUGUCUCAUCGGAGCUCAUUCUUGGAGAAUCUGGACAGCACAUGAGUCAUGGACAUUCCAGGAAUCGAACUCGGGACCUCUUGCACACUAAGGAAAUGUCUUUGUUGGUUCGACAAAUUCGAGUGGUCAGAUCUAAAGGGAGGUUUCCCAAAGUAAGAUUAUAAAGAAAUGGAAAAGAAAAAUAAUGUAUGGGGGCAGGCAUUCCGGGAAUUGAACUCGGGACCUCUCGCACCCUAAGCGAGAAUCAUACCACUGGACCAAUGCCCAGCCGAUUGAUACAAUUUCAUUCAUUAGAACACCAAAGCAGAUGGUGUUUGCUGUUGAUAAGAUUGGUUGAUCCCACUUUCUAAUGCGCAAUGGUUCAAAAGCUUGCAGUGCAGGUGCUGUUAUCUGACGUCUUCCUGGUUGAUUUGCUCCUUUUUUGUGUGUGCAAGUUGUUUGUUUGAUCUGAACAGAUUGGAUCUUGUUGUUUACAUGGUCUGAUUAUUUGUUCGGAAAGCUGAUAUCGGGAUCUAACGCUCUUGGGCAUAUACCACGAGACCAAAUUCCAUGUUUUUCGGUUGUGCUGGUUAGAAUGCAGAGGGUGUGGCUGGUUAUUGCUUGAAGAUGCCAGUUUCUGCUCUGUAACUUAACUUUCUCUUGCCGGAACUCUAUGUUUCAGUUUUGUCUCGUAGUAAACAGGAUCGCAUAACCAGAAAGUUGAUGCCCCCCGGGUUCAGAAUCUCUGUCGUGGGCAGUGUGAUGCAUCCGGAUGCCAUUUCACUAAGAUUUCUUGCCUUGUGGAAUCCUCGGAGAUGUUGUAAACCAGAAAUUUGAUCUGUCUUGGCCUUUUGUCUGUCCAAAGUCUAUGCGCAUAAUAUUCUCUCU